GAUUCACUGUAAGUUUUUUUUCAAAAUGGCGGCCGUGGCGGCCACAUUGGUUUUCUGAUCGCCCUGAAAAAUAACAACACUUGGUCAGGGAGAUGUUAGUACACUUUGACAGUAUUUCAGCUUAAGUUGAAAAUGUAAAAUGUUAACGGACGACGCACGCUGACUGAAGAAGACGGAUAGCAAAAUAGGCCACUUGAGCUAAAGCUCAGAGACAGAUGACCUAACAAAAACCAAGUACAUGUGUAUCGUCCCGUUCUGAGUACACGUGUACUAUGUCAGGUCUCAGAUUGACUAGAUCGAGUUUAUGUUUUAAACAAAAAGUAAAUUCUGUUGAGACCAAGAAUUGAAAAGUGGCGUGAAUUACAAAAUAUUCUGGUUACAAAUAGCUCUACCAAUGUAAUUCAGGGAACCAUUCCGUGAUGCUGUAUGCUGAACGAUUCUAUAUUGUAAAUUUGGAUACGGGUGGGAGGUGAGACAGAACAUUUAGCCGUGGUCACGCAUUGCCUGAUACACCCAUCAAUCAUUGUUAGAGAUUUUGUUAUUUAUAUAUCAUUAACGUAUGGCUUAGUAACAGACUAGAAGUACCAUAUCAAUAGUGUUCUUAUAUAUAUACUCACUAUAGUAACACGGGUAACGUACGUGGACAACCUCUCACCCCUUGACCAUUAUGUCUUGGAUCGAUCUACUUUAGAUUUCAUAACAAAAUAUACACACGUGUGUGAUUUCUGUAUGUGAGUGCACGUGGGGUAGUCUUUAUCGGGAGGUAGACGGUAGCAGUGAGUUAUGUCGGGGAACAACCCAAGUAGUGGUCUGCGGGAACAAUUCUCUCUCAAUGGCAUACCUUUGAAUGACAACAAAGUUCACACACAGGAACACUUGGUAGCUAGCAAUGGCAGCAAAGGCUACGGCACUGACCAUGUGGUUCACGUCAACAGUACGACCAAGGCCGGGUCAACUAUCACUGCCCACAACAUUUGCUACACUGUCGACGUUUCAUCCAAACCUUGCUGUGGGUCUAUGGUGAAGAAGGAUAUCCUAAAAAAUAUCGAUGGGAUCUUCAAACCAGGGAUGAAUGCCAUUCUUGGGCCUACUGGAAGUGGAAAAUCAUCAUUACUAGAUGUUCUGGCAGGAAGGAAAGACCCCUCAGGUCUGAGUGGAGAUAUAUUGAUUGAUGGCGCACCACCACCCGAUAACUUCAAGUGUAUGGUGGGAUAUGUUGUACAGGACGAUGUUGUCAUGGGAACUCUGUCUGUGAAGGAGAACUUCCACUUCUCUGCGGCUCUUCGCCUUAGCAAGUCCGUCAGUCAAAAGGAGAGGGAUGAGCGGGUAGAGAAUGUCAUCAAGGAGCUCGGGCUCACUCAUUGUGCAGACACAAAGGUUGGAAAUGAGUUUAUCCGUGGAGUGUCUGGAGGAGAAAGAAAAAGGACCAAUAUCGGCAUGGAGUUGAUUAUCUCCCCUCCGGUACUUUUCCUUGAUGAGCCAACCACAGGACUUGAUUCCAACACAGCAAAUUCUGUCAUGCUAUUGCUACGCAGGUUGGCUCUGAAGGGACGCACCAUCAUAUUCUCCAUUCACCAGCCUCGCUAUUCCAUCUACCGUCUGUUUGACAGCCUCAUGCUCCUCUCCCUAGGCGAGACUGUGUAUCAUGGCAGCUCGCAAGAAUCUCUUGAACACUUCCAAGCAUUAGGUUAUGUGAUAGAGGAACACAAUAAUCCUCCUGACUUCUUCCUGGAUGUCAUCAACGGAGACCUGUCCAUGGCUAGUUUGUCUGAUGACUUCCUCCAAAAGGAUGAUAAAUUGAGUUUGAUCACCUCAGAAGAAGGAAAAGAACCUGUAGCAGCGAAUGGCCUUGGGGCUAAAAAUACCCAUGAUAAGCUUGUAGAUGGGUACAAGAAGUCCCGCUGGUACCAAAGUCUCCAGUCCCAUGUACAGACAGUCCACAAAUCUUACAUGGAAAAGAAGGAAGCAGGCACUGUAGUGAGAAUGCCUAGAGUGGACUAUGCCACCUCCUUCUUCAACCAGUUUUCUGUAGUGUCCAGCAGGACUUUGAAGAAUUUGAUCAGAAAUCCCCAGACAUCGAUAAUGCAGGUGUUGGUGAUGGUGGUGUUCGGAGCUAUAGUGGGCGCUAUCUACUGGCAGAUUGAUGAUGAUUGUACAUCAGGCAUCCAGAACAGAGUAGGGGUGUUCUUCUUUGUGGUAAUGAACCAGGUGUUCGGGAACCUCUCUGCUGUGGAACUCUUCAUCAAGGAGCGAGCAAUCUUCUUACAUGAGAAUGUGAGUGGAUUCUACCGAGUGUCGGCCUAUUUCUGCUCCAAGAUAUUCUGUGAUGUUAUCCCAAUGAGGUUGAUACCUGUGUCUAUAUUUGCCGUCAUCACCUACUUCAUGAUAGGCCUACAGAUGGACGUGGGGAAGUUCUUCCUCUACCUCCUCAGCCUUUUCCUUGUUACCCUCUCGGCCUCGGGCUUCGCCUUCUUCUUCAGCGCAUCUGUCAGGAUAUUUGCUGUGGCCAACCUGUGCAUUGCUCUUUGCUAUGUCUUCAUGAUGGUUUUUGGAGGACUACUGGUGAACCUAGACUCCAUCGCUGACUGGCUCGAGUGGAUUAAAUGGUUCAGCAUCUUCAGAUACGGCAUGAAUGCUUUGGUUAUCAAUGAAUUGAAAGAUUUGAACUUUUACAACAAGACAUCAGGGGCAAUAUGUGGCAGUGGGAAUGAAGAGUUGUUGCGCCAGGGCAUUUCGUUUGAGACAGACUGGGACCUGUAUCAGAAUCACGUGGCCCUUAUCUGUAUAGCCUGCAUCCUGCUGUUCUUCUCCUACUUACAGCUACUCCGGGUGAAGAAAUUCAAAUAGACUGGGCCAGACAGGACUGGUUGUUUUAGCUAAUAUAUGUGUGCAACAAGUGUUCAAUCGUAUAUAUAUGCUCCCAAUCAACUGCAAAUGUCACAAGGAAAAUGACAUGUUUUCAAAGUUGUGAACUCAAGAUGCUAUAGAUACGAGUGUGCAGAUAUGCUUGUUGUAAGGUCUGAGAUUAACUUAUAUUUUCUAUUUCAGGUACCUUAAAAAGAUUUUAACUGUAGUGUUAUGUUAUUGACUGAGGAUAAUAGAAAUAUUUGAUGAGACCAGAUCUUUGUAUCAAUUCAUAAGUAAAUUCGAUUGACAGGCAUUUAUAUAAUGUUACUGUCUACUGGGAAUUUUUCAGAAAUAUUCACUCUUAGUCAGUAAAAUCCAUGUUUCUCCGAUCACUAUAUCUAGCGUACUGUGUACUAAUAUCUGCUGUCAAGGUCAAUUCACUUUCAUUACAGAAGGUUAAAAAGGUGGAAUUUGAACUACAACAAAAGAUUCCCAGUAUACACGAAAUGUUUGAAUUCUGUAACAAUGUCAGGCACUUCUGGUACAGUUUUAUCUAGUGUAAUACUUGAUAAAGGACGGAGUGAAGAUGUCAUUCCCCUAAAUAUUUACCUCAGACGUGUUGGUGGUUGGGACAGCCACUCGCGACACAUAACUAUUUGUAUAAGAAUGAUUUGAAAAUAAACCACCAAUUUAAAUUCAAAUACAAUUUUAAGAUAUUUCUGUUCGACAGUAGAGUAUAAGAUACCAUUAUGUUCAGUGCUCCCUUGACUAGUCCCUUAUUGACCACCGUGUCCUAUAUGCAUGCAGCAACACAUGGCAGGAAGGUAAUCAAAAGGGCACUUUUUUCUAUAUAUAUGAUUUUGCAAUGUUAUAUUUUUAGUUGUAAAUAUCCGAUCAGAUUUGUUUUACACAAAUAAAGCUCAAUGAACAACACCUUCAUGACAUAAACUGUGAUAAUGUUAUGUUCAUAUAUAUCAGUGUUAAUACCUAUUGUUUACUUAUGUGUGUUAAACCAAUCGGUUGUUUACCAGUACGUGUUAAACCAAUCAGUUGUUUACCAAUGUGUGUUAAACCAAUCAGUUGUUUACUGAUGUGUGUUAAACCAAUCAGUUGUUCACCAACACGUGUUAAACCAAUGAGUUGUUUACCAAUGUGUGUUUAACCAAUCAGUUGUUUACCAAUAUGUGUUAAACCAAUCAGUUGUUUACCAAUGCGUGUUAAACCAAUCAGUUGUUUACCAGCUAGUGUUUAACCAAUCAGUUGUUUACAAACGAGUGUGAAACCAAUCAGUUGUUGAUCAACACGUGUUAAACCAAUCAGUUGUUUACCAAUGCAUUUUAAACCAAUCAGUUGUUUACCAACAAGUGUUAAACCAAUCAGUUGUUUACCAACAAGUGUUUAACCAAUCAGUUGUUUACCAACAAGUGUUAAACCAAUCAGUUAUUUACUGUUGAGUGUCAUGGUUCUUGCCAAAGUUAUGGCGGGAUGAAUUAGUGCUCCCUUUUCUUAACUAAGGUAUAAGAGUUCUGUGAUAAUGUAUCCUUAACAAAUAGUCACACUGGUGGAAGAUUUAGUAUUUAUAUGUUGGGUGUAUUUUGUAUUUAUAUUCCGUGAAUCUAUAGUUAUAAACAUGUAGUUAAAUAUAUAAUACAGUAUUUUAUAAUCCACCUUGCCAUCCUAACUCACUAAUUUUACUUUAUGGUUUCAUUACCUGGUCAGGCAUAUCUUGUCUAUUAACAACUAACUUCAGGUUCUCUCACUCCUUUUAAUCGUCAUGCUCGGCUAAUUAUUCAGCUUAAUCGUGGAACAGCUUUUGACGAAAUUCUAUCGUAGGAACAUUUUUGACAUAACAAGAAAUAUUUUUACCAAACAAAAUUAGAAAAAAUGAAAAUCAAGAUUGUUGUUUUCCCCUCAAGGUGAUAAGGUAAAACUAUAAGGUAUAGUAAACUAGUGGCUCUAUUUGAUUCCAUAAAGACCAAGCCAGAGAUAACUACAGUGUAUAACCAACAUUGUGUACCUAGCUGUCUGUAGUAGUUGUAAAUCUUUCAUUCUUCAUGUAGAAAUAUAUAUAUGUAACUAUCCACAGGCAGGAGUUUAUUAGUCCAGUACUGUAGAAGGAAAAGAUUGACAGGAGAAGCAUCAUAUUUACGGCCAUGUAUUGUCACCUAAUAAUCUAUUUUCAGAAACACAUUUCAAAUAAGCUGAGUUUAAUGCUGUCGAUUAUUAUUUUAAUUGUCGGUGUGGUGACAUGCGCCCUUAUAAUGGUGUGCAGGGCAUCCUAGGGGACGGUGUAAUAAUUAUAUAAGUGAUAAUACUUUGUUUAGUUAUAGCAAGCCAAUGUUUGUUAAAUCUGUGUACGGGUUAUCUGACCAAUGGGAAUUACCAACACCGGCACGUGUAAGAUAGCACGUCGACAGACGAUUUAAUAAUGACUGGAAAUUAUCAGAUGUUUUCUCCUCUUGAUUUGAAAAAAAGAAAAAUCCAUUUUCCAGACUGAGGAAUGAGGGUAGAUUUCGUCUCCAAGGGCCCAUUUGAAUAUUUUGCAACUACUACUGUGGUUGUUUAUUGUAUUUAGUCUAAUAAACCGAUUUUAUUGGGAUCAUGAAAGUUAAAUCUUUCCUUUGCUCUCCGGAUCAGUGAAAUGCCAGCCAAGUUAAUUGUUUAUCAUUACCAGUACAUAUUUUGCGGUUAAAUAUAAGAUGUAAUUGUUUUUAUAUGUUAUUCAAUAAAAUGCUUAUUUCAAGUCUC